AUGCAGGUGACAUCUAUCAUGUCACUUGCAGCAGCAUCGACAUCAGCAGGAGUCACAAUUUUGUACGCUCGAGACCUGCACUACUACAAUGCCACACCUCACUUCCCAUGCAAAAGGCUCCAAAUCUCCAUUACUUUGGCUUUCAUCUCCGGGUUUCUCCUUGCUGUGUCGUCCCAUGUCAUGUUCUGGCUUAUGGCGUCUGUAUGA